UCCUGACUCAAACUCAGUGCUGAGAUUACAGGAGGGAAAACUGAGGCAUAACUUGCUCCCUUGUCUGGAGUCAUAUGAUAAUUUAAAGAUGGCAGAGCUCUUUAUGGAAUGUGAAGAAGAAGAGCUGGAGCCAUGGCAGAAGAAAGUGAAAGAGGUUGAUGAGGAGGAUGAUGACGAUGAACCCAUCUUUGUUGGGGAGAUAGCAAGUUCAAAGCCUGCGAUUUCAAAUAUUUUGAAUAGAGUUAACCCUGGCUUGUAUUCAAGGGGAAUAAAGAAUGGCGCACUGAGUCGAGGUAUUACGGCUGCUUUCAAGCCUACAAGUCAGCACUACACGAACUCAGCAUCAAAUCCAGUGUCUGCCUCGCCAGUAAAUUUUCAUCCUGAAUCUAGAUCUUCAAAUAGCUCUGUUAUUGUUCAGCCUUUUUCUAAACCUGGUUGUAUAACGAAUGCAUCGCAAACUGUAUCUAAUAAUUCUUCAGAGUUACUGUUUGAUUUGACCCAGGAUGCAGGAUUAUCACAUUACCAAAGGGGACCAACACUUUCUAUGACAGGUAUCAGUGAAAGUUCGUGUUCAUCAAAACGACCUUCUGCUUCUGAAGCAGACAGUGUUAACCCCAAAAAGCCUAAGCCCAGUGAAAGUGUUUCUGGAAAAAAUUCUCCAGCUGUGUUCCCUUCAGUUAAAUCUUCUCCCCAGACACCUCCCCAGGUGACGCCGUCGAAAGGUGCAAAUACCUCAUCAGAUCAGUCUAAAAAUGGAGCACCUUUUCCAAGAGCUUGUCCAAAGUGCAAUAUUCAUUUCAAUCUUUUGGAUCCUCUGAAGAAUCACAUGAAGUAUUGUUGUCCAGACAUGAUAAAUAAUUUUUUGGGACUGGCUAAAACAGAAUUUUCAAACACAGCAAAUAAGUCUGUUGAUUCAGAGAAAGGAAAAUUGAUCAUGUUAGUUAAUGACUUUUAUUAUGGAAAACAUGAAGGAGAUGUCCAGGAAGAACAGAAGACUCACACAACCUUUAAAUGCUUCAGUUGCUUGAAAAUUCUAAAAAAUAAUAUUCGGUUCAUGAACCACAUGAAACACCAUUUGGAACUCGAAAAGCAGAGCAGCGAGAGCUGGGAAAACCACACCACCUGCCAGCAUUGCUAUCGACAGUUCCCUACCCCCUUUCAGCUGCAGUGCCACAUUGAAAGUACUCACACCCCCCAUGAAUUUUCUACCAUUUGUAAAAUCUGUGAAUUAUCAUUUGAAACAGAACAUAUUCUUUUACAACAUAUGAAGGACAAUCAUAAACCCGGUGAAAUGCCAUAUAUCUGCCAGGUUUGUAAUUAUAGAUCUUCAUCAUUUUCUGAUGUAGAAGCUCAUUUUAGAAGAUCUCAUGAAAACACUAAGAAUUUGCUGUGUCCGUUUUGCCUCAAAGUUAUUAAAAUAGCGACACCCUAUAUGCAUCAUUAUAUGAAGCAUCAGAAAAAAGGAAUACAUCGUUGUACAAAAUGCAGAUUGCAAUUUUUGACAUGCAAGGAAAAAUUGGAUCAUAAGACCCAGCAUCAUCGAACAUUUGUAAAACCUAAACAACUAGAAGGAUUGCCUCCUGGAACAAAAGUUACCAUUCGAGCUUCAGUUGCACCUCUUCAAUCAGGAUCUUCGCCUACACCUUCUAUUAGUGCAAGCACUUCUACCCUUCAGCUCUCACCUCCAAGGACAAAAAACUUAACUGCAAAAAAUCCCACAAAAUUAAGCUUAAGUAAACCCAAUACACACAAAUCCAGUGCAAGUAAAACUAGUGGAAAUAAGCCUAAUGGAAAUAAAUCUAAAUACAAAUCAAAAAUCUCUAAUGUGCAAAAGAAACAAAGUACAUUGGCUAAUAGCAAUAAAAAAAGUAAAGUUAAUACAGCAUUGAGGAAUUUAAGGUAUCGUCGGGGUGUUCACAACUGCAUUGAGUGUUGUUCCGAAAUAAAAGAUUUUGCAAACCAUUUUCCUACAUACGUCCACUGUAGUUUUUGCAGAUACAACACUAGCUGUAGCAAAUCCUAUGUAAAUCAUAUGAUGAGCUUUCAUAGUAACCGUCCAAGUAAAAGGUUUUGCAUAUUUAAGAAGCAUUCAGAAGAUCUCAGGGGCAUUACUCUAGUGUGCCUUAGUUGUGAAUUCCAAACUGAUGUUUCUGGCUUAGAUAAUAUGGCUACACAUUUAAGUCAACAUGAAACUCACGUUUGCCACAUUGUAACAGAGAAAGUUUCUGUUUGUAUCCCAACUUCUGAACAUCUUUCUGAAUUAAAAAAUGAAGCUCCCACUAAGGAACAAGAACCUGUAUCUAAGUUACGACAUUACCUGCCUCCUGAACGUGGCUUGGAUUCCCCAGGUGAAAUUGUAAGAAGUAAUAUAGCUGAAGGAGAAACCAAAAAAUCAGAUGCCAAAAGUAAGCAAGAUGAGGGCUCAUCAGAAGAUAAAAGUAGAUGUGAUGCAGAUUUACUUGAAGAUUCAUCACCAACACAAAAGAAAGAAAGCUUAAGCAUUUCAGAUAAAGAAAAUGAUGUCUGUCUAGAAGACCAGGAAACUAGCUCAAAGAAAAUAUUUAGUUGCAGUUCAAACAUUAGUGCAAGUAAAGGGGAAAAGGAAAAAGAAAUCCAGCAAGUUGGUCAGGAAAUGCAAUUGAAGAUGGGCCAGUGUUCAGAAAAUACAGCUUCAUGUGAUCAGGUUGAAGAUCACAACUCCAGUGAGGCUAAGUUUUCUUCAAAGAAUGUUAAGGAUUUGCCGUUAAUGUCACGUGAUGUUAGCAUUGAUCAGUUUUUGAGAAAAAGAGAUGAACCUGACUGUGUUAGUUCUGAUGUGAGUGAGCAAGGUAGUGUUCAUUUGGAACCUUUGACACCGUCAGAGGUACUUGAGUAUGAAGCCACAGAGAUUCUUCAGAAAGGUAGCAGUGAUCUCCCAGCAAAGACUGAUAAAGUAGUGUCUGAUCAAACAGAUGACGCUCCUGGGGAAAGUAGUCCGAGCACAACAGAGACGACAGCACACAUGGCAGAUGAGAAGGAAAGAAGUUAGGUUAUGUAGCCACUCACAGUGCACCAACAGGAAGCACACUUGGAACUAGUGCUCUGGGUGGGCACACUCGUGCUCUGCUGGAGGCAGAAGUAGGAAGACGCGAGGGAAUCAUUCAUACUUUGCCUGUAUGUGCAAUCUAGGUUUUUAAAGAAAUCAACUAACCAACAAUAGCAUGAUUAGUAUGGCUUUCCAAGUUCUACAGAAAUGGUUAGGAUUUUAACAAAGGCUUCAGUUUGUGAUCAGAAGUUCUCAUUUAAAUUUUUGAGGAAAUGAGACUUGAUUGCUGAUAGGAUAAGAAUAUUAGCUAUGUUAGUAAACCUUUUAAAACUUCCAUCAGUCCUAAGCUUAAAGUCCUGUUACCUAUGUAUCUUUUUUAAAUAACUUAAAGGAAGUGAUUUGGAAACUGUAUGGCUUUUUGGAAUAAACUGUUUAGGGGGUGGCUGAUUGGCAUUGUCAGUGAAGUCUUAGACUGGUGCUGGUGAUGGAGCACGUGGAUGGAUGUCACUUGGAAUUGAAUGUGACAUCCCAGGCUGACAGAAGUACGUGAACAGAAUAUUUGAGUCUCUGUGCCUCCAUACAAGUGUUAGCCUGCUGGGCUGUAAGCUUACCUUUAAUCACACUUUCAGUGAAAGUGAAAUUAUUGAAGUAUAAACUUGUAAUUGUGCUUUUGGUCAGUGUGUAAACUGCAGAAAUCCCUCAUUGUACUAGUUGUAUAAAGAAAACCCCAUUUUUGAAACUGUUAGUUACUAUGCUUUUAAUGUUUUAAUGAUUAUCUCUAAAACUAGACCCAUAAAAGUGGUCUGAAAGCCAAACCAAAGUAUGGUAUAAUGUAGAUAUUGUAAAGCAGUAAACUGAAAACAUGCUUUGGCAUGUAUUCAGCCAAAUUUAAGUGACUUUUCUGUGAUUAUAUGAUAGAAACUUUAAAUGGGACCUAAAGCAGUGAUGUAAAAAAAUUGGUUUAGGGAGUUUAGCGUAAUUUAUGUAGAAGUUAACUGCUAAGUUUUUUUUUCAGGUUUUUUUAAAAUCAUCUAGGAUAUAAUAGAUACAGAAGUGAAUCAUAUGAAUAGUAGUUUGCUUUAAAGUUCUAAUAACUUUUAUUUAAAAUGUUACAUUUAAAAAAUACUACAUUUUUAUUUCGUAAAAUGUGCUUUGAAUUCUUAAAAUUGUGUUUCACUGAAUAUUAAGUGUUUUCAAUGGGUAUUAACAUUCUGCUGUAUAUACUAGUUUUUGAGUAUUUGCAAUAAAAAUUUGUCCCUGAACAAUUGUAUUUUUCAGAUCACUGCCUGACCUAAAUUAACUUUAAUACUUUAGACAUUGUAUACUUGUUUAAAGAAAUUUCUUGUUAAAAUUAAUACAAUUUUAUUCUGUAUUCUUUAGCUGCUAUCUGACUUAUUUUAAAUUAGAGCUAAAAUAUGGGGGUAGUAUCCCUAAUAUUUAUAGAGAAUAAUUGCUUUAUACUUUCACUUCAGAGAAAAAAGGUUAAUAUUGUACUUUUUUAAACUAUACAGAAGCUUAAAGAUGUUAAAUAGCUAAAAAUAUAAUUGUAUUUAUUUUAUUGACUGUUUGAGGGAGACAAUAUUUUCAUCCUUCCUGCUCCCAAGAAAAGGAGACCCAUUAGGUGUCAUCCUUCCCUUGUUGAAACACAUAUACAUCAGGGAAAAUUUUUGGAGUUAUAUAAGCCUGUGAAGAACAGGGAGUAG